AUGCCACAGACACGCUCCGCCAAAGCGAUCCUCAGCCAUCAAGACCGCACCGCCAACGAACCCCGGGAGAAGGAGUUGCACACUGCCACGCUGACCAAGGUGACGCCCGUCAACGACCGUAUCAAGCGCUUCGUAUUCGAAAUCAAGGACAAGAACGGCUUCAACUUCCUCCCUGGCCAAUGGCUUGAUGUCUUUGUGCCUGAUGUAGAAAAGGCAGGCGGCUUUUCUAUUACCUCUUCGCCUUCCGAGGCCUUGCCACGAGCGGACCCUGAGCACAAACCAUACUUUGAGUUGGCGGUGCAGAAGAGCCCAGACAACCCUCCAGCAGCAUGGUUGUGGAAGCCAGCCGAGGAAAUCAUUGGGGGCGAGGUCAAGGUGCGGGUGGGCGGAAGCUUUGUAUGGCCACCGCCGUGCCUUGACAUGAAGAAGAUCAAGCGCGCCAUCUUCAUUGCCGGCGGAGUGGGCAUCAACCCAAUGAUGUCAAUGAUGACCUAUAUAAACCAGAACUAUCCCAACCUCGAAGUGCGCUUCCUAUAUUCGACAAAGGUGCCAUCGCGCGAAACAGAUCCCAGUGAAGUGCUGUUCCUCCAGGACGUGCUCGAUCUCUUCCGCAUACCCCGAUUCAAGGUGACCAAAGAUCGACUUGAACUCUUCUUCACGGGCACAUGGGAUGGGUCUGAAAUGGGCACCAAUGAAGGGGACCUGAUACACCCGCUAAUGUCUCUGACGCUGCCGCAAAUUGACUCUGCCACGGAAGUGCCCGUGUGCGCAUGGACGCACCGCAUCGACGACAUAGCUCUGUCAAGCGCAGUAGGCAACCGGAAGGAGGCGCAAUCGACCGUCUUCUAUGUGUGUGGACCGCCUGCCAUGGCGGACGAGAUGGUGGAGUUUAUCAAAGGACAGGAGAAUGUGGAUCCGCAGAGGGUGUUGUGCGAGAAAUGGUGGUGA